AUGACGUUAAGACGAAACCCUAUCCUGUUUGUGUUGUACAGGAGCUGCCAAGGCGACGAGGGUAUCGGUAUUGGAGAUGUUAAGUCGAGAAGGUUGCUGUUCGCAGACGACCUUGUUCUAUUAGCAUCUUCUGAAACCGAUCUUCAGUGCUCCUUAGAAAGGUUCGCAGCCGAGUGCGACGUGAUCGGCAUGCGUGUAAACGCGUCUAAACCGAAAAACCUAGCGCUUUCUCUUUCUCCUACCCGUUGCUCUCUUCAGAUGAACGGAGAAGCAGUGGAGCUGAAGGGGAAGUUCAAGUACCUCGGAAUUGUAUUUACUAAUAAUGGAAAAUGGGAGGAAGAGAUCGACCGGCGAAUUGGAGCAGCCAGUGGCGUUCUGCGUGAACUAGCUCAACCCACUGUGACUAAAGCAGAGCUCAGUCUGAAAACUAAGCUCUCGAUAUUCAAGUCAAUCUUACCCACAUGCUCAGUUACGGUAAUGAGUCAUGGAUCAUAA